CUGACUCAGAAAUACGCAGAGAAUGCCGCCCGUGACUUCUUCGAGUAUGUCAACGAGACCGAGGCCAAUUUUGGUCCUAUCCAGAAUGCCGUGGGAAUGAGAAACAAGGACAGAAAUACAUCCACCAAGAACCGCCGCGGUCGCCACGUGGGAGACACUGGUGAGGCUGCUGAGAGAUCAGAGCCAGUGGAUGUUGCCAUGAGCGAGCCUCGAGGUAACACAAUCAUAGUCCGUGGCCCUUGUCAUACCAACGAGAAAGGUGAGGGUAACGGCGCUUGCGAUGUGAAGGCCAGAAUAGACAGGAGUGAUCCCAACCGCCUACUUGUGACAUUCUGCAAUCUAGCCUUCAAGGGAAAGGAAAACACCAGAGAGAGGCAAGGAGCACAGCAGGGAGACGAGGGCAAGGACUUAUAUUCUAUGGAUGCUGGCCAGGAAGUCUUGGAGGAAAUGGCACUCGACACACCAGCUGAGAGUGUUGAAACUCAUUCUGUCUACGAUGAGACUCUAUGA